CACUCACACAACUACUAAUAUAAUCACAAUUUAACCUUUUCCUUUUAAAUUGUUGUUGUUUCAUCAUCAUCGUUACAACGUUUCGUUUAUGUUUACCCGUUGCUGAUGUGAUGAGAGAGACACAGAAAAGUUUCAAGUUAUCAAAGUAAAUUGUGUUUAAAACAACAACAAAAAAUUAACUAAUCAACAACUUGUUUAAAUCACGUUGAUUAACAACUUGAAUGGGAGAGAUAGAGAGAGUGAGAGUUAAUUGUUAAUUGUAACUGUUUGGGAUAAUCGCGUAUAAACCAAUGAAUGGGUUUAAUCAAGUAGCCAUUUGAUUGUGAUCUCAUAAAGUGUAAUCAUCACCAGCUGACCACAUCGAUAAUCAAUUGUUAACAAUCAAUUUUUAGUUCAUUUUAAUCAAUAAUAAUCCCAUCUGAACAUAAAGUGUUAAUUGUGAUUGGAUUUCGUUUCAUUAAUCAAUCGGGGACAAAAUGAUUUCCAAAAAAUCAUUGGAUAUUUUGACUUUACAAUUUACUAUUAGUUUAAUUGUUUCACUUUUACCUUUUGUUUUAUCAACAAUAACUAAUAUUGAUCAUCAUCAAUUGAAAACAAUUAACAUUGAUUCCAAAUUAUCAACAGUUAAUCAACAACAAUGUAAUGAACACGGAUUAACACCCAAUGGAACCAAAUGUAAUCCAGAGAUCGGAUUAAAGGAUCCUCUUGAUGUCGCUGCGGCUGAACCUCGAUGGUCAACUGAUUAUAUGGCUAAAGUUGAAGAUGAUUACAUGGGAUCGCCACAAUUUAAUGAUUAUCUUGACCAUUGCCAUGGACGAUACGGUGAUGCUUCAUCAGUUUCAUUCCAAGAUAUUAGACAAUCGAUUCGUAAAGCGAUUCCAACUUUAUUGGCCUACAAAGCGGCGGACGAAGAGAUUAUCGAUACAAUCGAUAUGGCUAAAUUUGCAAGUCGAUUCGUGGCACAAUUAGCACAUGAAAGUAAAUUGUCAACUUUAAUCACCAAUCAAUUAGUCAAAGAAUAUUGUCUCGAUAAGAUGGAAACUGCAGUUAAAUUGCCGAAAGUUAGUCUAAGAUCGGGUUUAUCGCGAUCACUUCGAGAAACUUAUUUACCAACAAGUUGUUCCCCUCGAAAAGAUGCCGCUGACCUUAACUGCGACCCGAAGAGUCGCUAUGCCAGUUAUGAUGGUACUUGUAACAAUUUGGACCAUCCAACGGUCGGAAUGUCUUAUUCGUGCCAUCGGCGACUUUUACCCGCCGAUUAUGCGGAUGGAGUUGAAAAGUUACGAGCUUCGGUGACCGGUGAACCCUUGCCGAAUGCCCGACUUAUAUCCAAUGUAAUAACACCCGAUGUUCCAGCGACCGAGUUGAAAUUGUCCCAAAUGAAUAUGCAAUGGGGUCAGUUCGUUGUUCACGAUCUGGUUCGAACUCCCCUGGUUCUUGGUAAUGCUCCGCUCUGCUGUCCACCCAAACCCUCCAAUCAUCCAGAAUGUGAGACAAUCUUUCCCUUCCCUGAGGGCGAUUCGCUCACCAAAAGAUGGAAUCAAACUUGCCAACGAAACGUCCGAUCGACAACUUGUCCUUCAUGCAAAUUAGGACCUCGAGAGCAAUUAAAUGCAGCAUCUCAUUCACUGGAUUUAUCUAAUGUCUAUGGUUACACUUAUGCCGAUGCAUUGAAAGGACGAACCUUGGAAAAGGGUCAAUUGAAAAGUGUUUACGAUGCCAAAGGUGGUGAAAUUUUACCCUCCGCUGAUGGUUUUUAUGAUCCACUGACCUUACAAGUCUGUAAUGUGCCACCUCGAUUCCCAGAGUUCAAAUGUUUCGCCUCUGGCGACGGCAAUCGAGCCAGUCAACAUCCCGCUCUAAUGGCCACUCAAACCUUGAUUCUCCGUCGUCACAACCAACACGCCGCUGCUCUGGCCAAAGUAAACCCUCAAUGGUCAGAUGAAACGGUCUAUUGGGAAACUCGGCGUCUUCUCACCGCUGAAUAUAACCACAUCACCUACUCGGAGUAUUUACCCUCCCUGUUUGACCACAAGUUCCUCUCCUACUUCAGUUUACUCCCAUUGGAAAAUGGUUUCUCCAAAUACGAGCCCGAAACCGAUGUCCGGUCAAUCUCCGAAUGGGCAACUGCUGCUGGUCGGUUUGGUCAUUCACAAGUUAACGAUGUUUAUUAUGUUAAAAAUGAAGACGAAACAUUUACCUUUAGGAUGAAAGAUGUUUUCUUUGAAAUGUCGCUAAUCCAUUUAGGUCAAACCGAGGGUAUUGUCCGAGGAUUAAUAACAGAACCAGCAUUCGAGGUUGACCCUUACUUUGUCACCGAUGUUAAAGAUUGGAUGUAUCAGCAUCCAAAUCGUUCAGGGGGAUUAGACUUAGUUGGAUUAAAUGUAAUGAGAGGGCGAGAUCAUGGUAUUCCUGGUUAUAUCCAUUUCGUUGAAUAUUGUUUCGGUCAAAAGAUCAAAUCAUGGACCGAUUUAUAUGAAUACAUACCCAAGAAUCAAGUUAACAAAUUACAAUCAAUUUACAAGGAUCUCGAAGACUUGGAACUUUUUGUCGGUGGUAUUUCCGAGAAACGCAUGAAAGGCUCAGCUAUGGGACCGACAUUCGCAUGUAUCAAUGGGAUGCAAUUCUAUCAUUCCAAGUUCGGUGAUCGAUUUUGGUACGAACAUGGAAACGAAGCUGGAUCAUUCACCAUUGAUCAAUUGAACAAUAUUCGACGAACGACAACAUUGGCUCGAUUAAUCUGUAAAACGACCAAAUAUUCACAUAUUCAAGUAAAUGUAUUCGAGAUGCCAAGUAAAUCAAAUGUCGAUAUUGAUUGUGAUGAACUUCCUGAAAUUGAUUAUAAUCUUUGGCGUGAAGAUUAUCCUUCCUCUGAGAGGUACACUGGAUUCUGAUACUUUGUUGAUUGAUUAAUUAAUCUAUUUAAAUUAGAUCAGUGUUAAUUAUUAUACAGAUUUGGAUGAUUAGUGAAAAAGAUAAUCUAAAUCAAGUAAAUCAUUUUCUGUCAACUAUUUUUACAAUAUCAGCAAAUGAUUCAAUAUAUUCAAUGACUUUCCAAUUGUAAAAUAUCUUGAAAACUUUUCCCUCUUUCAUUGGGCUAAUUAACUAAUUAUCAUUGUAUUUAUACUCGUUGAUCAACUAAAUCAACUUGAUUGAUCAAAGACAAAAUUCACCACUGGUUUAAUUUUAAUUGUCCUGUUAAUUUAAUCUUCAUUUUCAUUGAUCAAUCGUCACAAUCAAAACUUCAUCUUGACGAUUAGAUUUUCAAUCAAUCUUAUUAUCCUCAUUAUUUAUCAUUUAAAUUUAAUUACUUUGAUAAUUACAAUUCAACUAAGAUUAAAGUAAAUUGUUAAAACUUUUAA